UCCCCCUUCCGCCACCUUCCCCCCACACUCCCCACACCACCAGCGACCCGCCUGGGUUCGUCCCAUAUCAUGGGUGCCGCCGCAGAGGUCUCCGGCGCCGACCGGGAUGUUCCCACCACCGAGUCCGACAGCGUCACCAACGAGAAGGCCGUCUUCAAGAACACCGACAGCGAUGCCGUCGAGAGCGCCGGCUGGGACGAGACGGCCACCAAGAAGCUCAUCCGCAAGAUCGACGUCACGCUGAUCCCCUUCCUGGCUCUCCUCUAUCUGCUCUCCUUCCUGGACCGUACCAACAUCGGCAAUGCCCGUCUCGACACCCUCGAGAAGGAUCUCAAGCUCGACUCAGCCCGCCUCCAGUACAACGAUGCCCUCGCCAUCUUCUUCCCCUUCUACGUGGCCGCCGAGGUCCCCUCCAACAUGGCCAUGAAGCGUUUCCGCCCCUCCAUCUGGAUUCCCAGCAUCAUGGUCGCCUGGGGUAUCUGCACGACGCUUAUGGGUAUUGUGCACAACUAUGCCGGCCUCAUGGCCGUCCGUGCCGUCUUGGGUAUCGCCGAGGGUGGUUUGUUCCCCGGUAUCACCUACUACAUCACCAUGUGGUAUCGUCGCCACGAGUGCGGUCUCCGCAUGGCCAUUUUCUUCUCGGCUGCCACCGCUGCCGGUGCGUUCGGCGGUCUCUUGGCUCGCGGUAUCGUUGAGAUGAGAGGCGUCGGUGGUCUCUCUGGCUGGCAGUGGAUCUUCAUCCUCGAGGGUAUCCUCACCGUCAUCAUCGCCAUUGCUGCCUACUUCGUCAUGCAGGACUACCCCUCCACAGCCAAGUUCCUCACCGAGGAGGAGCGUGCCGAAGUCAGCGCCCGUCUCAAGCGCGAUCGGUCCUCGCUGGCCGACGCUAAGAACAAGAUCUUCCUCCCCACCAUCAUCAACGAUCUCGGCACCGCCACCUCCCCCGAGAUGGCCCAGCUCAUGACUGUUCCUCCCUACAUUGUAGCCUGCUUGUUCUGCAUCGGUGCCGGCUGGCACGCUGACAGGCGUGGUGAGCGCGGCAUCUACAUGAUUGGAUUCAUGAUCAUGGCCAUCGUUGGACUGAUUUGCUUGAUUGCGACGCCGAAUGCCGGUGUCCGCUACCUUGGCUGCUUCCUCCUCGCCUCGGGUAUCUACCCCAACGUCCCCCAGGGUGUCGCGUGGAACGGCAACAACAUUGGCGGUUCCCUCAAGCGCGGUGUCGGCAUUGCCAUGCACGUCGGCUUCGGCAACUUGGGCGGUACCAUUUCUGCCUACCUCUUCUUGACCAAGGACCGCCCCCGCUACUACCCCGGCUUCGGCACUCUUCUCGCCUGCCAGGUCAUGGCUGCCAUUCUGUCCAUCUUCAUGACCAUCUACUUGCGUCGGGAGAACGCCCGCCGUGACCGCGAAUACAAGCCUCCAAGCGAGUACACCGAGGAGGAAAGGGUUGCCGAGAGGGAGAAGGGCGACAACGCUAGCUUUUUCCGCUACACCAUUUAA